GUGGUUAAGGAGAAAGAUUAGAAAUCUUUUGGGCUUUGCCCGCACAGGUUCGAGUCCUGUAGUUGUCGCCAUUUUCUUUUUUUUAUUUUUACUAUUUAUCAUUUUAACUUACCUAUGUUUAUUCAACUUUUAACUAUAAUUAUAUAAUUGUAGACAUUGUACUUUGGUAGUUGACUGAACCUAUUCCUUUGCAACUCAAUUGAUAUUGUAAAUUAGCCAAUUGAACAUAGAGUGGCUGUUAAAGGAAGAGAGGUCCACAGUUUAAAUUAUCUCACUGGCUGCUGCUGAUAAAGAAAUCAGAGCCACUCCCUAUUAACACCGAAUACAAUUUUAAAGGAUCGAAACCAUAUCGAAUUUUAACCACAACUUCAACUCCUUUCUUUUUCCCAAAUCCAUAGUGUUGGUCUGGGUAUAGGGAAAGAUGACUGAUUCCAUUAAAGAUCUCGUCUAUAUAAAGGAAUCAAAUCAAUUGAUUCAAAUUGAAGUGAGUGAUUCGGCGUAUGAUUUGAAAAUCUCCACCAUUACCGAGUCAUCUGUCAUUGAUAAUGAUACUCCACAAAUUGAAGGUGGCAAACAUCAAUUACCAUCAUUUUUAAGUGAAAACAAGGUUUAUAUCAUUGAUUCUGUUAACUCUGGUACGGGUAGAUCUGAUCAAAAGAAUUUAUAUUCCAAAUUGAUUAAACCUUUAUUUGAUUCCAUCUUACAUAUCAAUCAUGCUUAUAUUGCAACUACUUCACCCUCAUCAGUUAUUGAAUUUGCUCAUGAUUUAAAAUCAAAAUCAAAUGAUCCAAUCACAGUAAUCUUCAUCAGUGGUGAUACUUCAGUCAAUGAAUUCAUCAAUGCCUUACCAUCCAUUGAAUCAUCUUCAAAAAUCACGGUGUUCCCAUUCCCAUCAGGUACUGGUAAUAGUUUAUCUCUUUCCAUUGGGCUCACCGAUGAGAUUACAGCCUUACAAAGAUUAAUCACUACCACUACUCAAUCACCCCUUAACUUAUACGAAGUUGAGUUUCCCAAGGGAACCCUGUAUUUAGUCAGAGAUGAAAAAACAGUGGAAAUCACUCAACCAUUGAACUUUUUAGUGGUGUUAUCAUGGGCGUUUCAUGCUUCACUUGUGGCUGAUAGUGAUACACCUGAAUUAAGAAAAUUCGGAUUAGAAAGAUUUAAAAAAGCAGCAUUUGCAAAUCUUGAACAAGAACAGAAAUAUGAUGGUGAAUUCAUCAUUAAUGAUAAAGAAGUAGUGGAAGGGCCAUUUGCGUAUUGGUUAAUCACCGCCUCCAAACGAUUUGAACCUACAUUUGAAAUCCUGCCUAAGGGUGAUAUCAUUGAAGAUAGUUUAUAUUUGGUUUCAUUCAAGACUGAAACUGAUCCAUCCUAUAUCAUGGAUAUCAUGGGUCAAGUUUAUAAUCAAGGUAGUCAUAUCAAUGAUCCAAGAGUUACUUAUAGAAAAUUAGAAAAAAAUGAUAAAUUAGUCCUUAAAGCUUCCAACUUAAUAUCAAAGAGAAAGAAGAGAUUCUGUUUAGAUGGUAGUAUUAUAGAAUUACCUGAUCAAAGUACAAGUGAAUUGUCUUUUAAAGUUAAAGAUAAUACAUAUAAUAAUUGGCAUAUCUAUAUAGUUAACUAAUACAUUAAAUACAUUGCUUUAGAGUUAUCUUCUAUAACCAUUUCUUCCAUUAUUAUUAUUCCCUCUUCCUGGCGGAGGAGGUAAAUAUCCUGAUCUACUUGAUUCAGUGUUAGAAUAUGAUGAGUAACCACCAUUACCAGCAUUAUUAUAUUGCCUGUUUUGACUUGGAUAUCUAUUGUUACUGUAAUUGUUGUUAUUAUUAUUAUUAUUAUU